AUGGCCAGCACGGGCAACGGCGCAUCGACGCCACAAGCUUCUAACGGAAGUGGCGAGCAGCGGAAGACAAAGAUCUGUGUCUACUGUGGCGCAUCUCCAGGAACCAAACCAGAGCACAUGGAGUCUGCUCGCCAAUUAGCAAAGGUCAUGGCGGCGAACAACAUUGGCCUCGUAUACGGAGGCGGCACAGUCGGCCUCAUGGGGGAGAUAGCCCGGACCCUCGUCUCCCUAGCCGGCCCGGACGCCGUGCACGGCAUCAUCCCCGAGCCCCUGGUCAAGUUCGAGCGCGACCCGACCUUCACCUCCACGACGACCAACGGCAGCAGCAGCGGCGAGAAGCUCGCCAUCCCCGAGGAGUCUGUGUUCGGCCGGACGACGGUGGUGCCGGACAUGCACACGCGGAAGAGGCUCAUGGCGCAGGAGGUGGCCGCCGGCGGGCCCGGCUCGGGCUUCAUCGCCCUGCCGGGAGGGUUCGGCACCAUGGAGGAGCUCCUCGAGGCCGCCACGUGGAACCAGCUCGGCAUCCAGUCGCUCGGCAUAGUUCUCCUGAACGUCAAUGGUUUCUACGACGGCCUGCUGGGCUGGAUCGACAAGAGCGUCGAGGAGGGUUUCAUCCGGCCCGCGAACGCGUCUAUUCUGGUGUCGGCAACGAAUGCCGAGGACGCCAUAGAGGCUUUGAGGAAUUACAAGGUUUCCGAGUCGCAGUACAAGCUGCAGUGGGGCAAUGAGUAG